GAGGAGGAGGAGGAGGAGGAGGAGGAGGAAGAAGAAGAGGGAAAGCAAAGAGGGGGAGGAAAAAGACGCACACUAGGACCCAGAAAAUAGUCCUGCCUUCCAGAUUUUCUCACUGGAUGCUUUGCUACGGUCUUCCUUCCGAGAUGCACUGCCCCUAAGACAGGGGGGUCCAGCUUUGGAGCAGAGGAGGGGGGAAAGGACAGAAGAGAGAGACACCCCCCCCUCAACCCCAAUUUUUGCUUUCUGGAAUUUGGAGCUGGCUUGGAGGCACCCCAAAAAUGCCAGCUUGGUCUUUGCCCUUUUAAUUCCUCCGCUCCCUGGCGCUGGGUGGCUGGACCAGCGGCCCUGCUUGCAAAUUCUCUCUUUGGAUCCCAGCCGUGAUGUGAGGCUAAGAGAAACAUAAUCCAGACACAUGGAAGAGCGGUCCGGAAGUCAGAAAUGGCGCCGUCGACACGAAGGAAAAGGCCCUGCCAGCUGUGCCCUGGCUUUCAUUCAAAGGAGACAUCCCGCCAUGGUGCUCAGGUUAGAGUGACUGAAUUUCCCACCUAAACUUCGGAUACCACAAUGAAAAACCACCAGAGCCCACACGCCAUCGUCCUGGUGAUUCUCUUCGCCUUGUUUAUGCUGCUGAUCAUUUACAAUUCCAACAGCCGCAACGAAGCCCUCCGCUACUCCGCUUUGCAGGCCAAGACCCCGCUGCCCUCCAGCCUCAAGAAGUGGGGGGUGAAAGGCGAAUACCUGCCUGUUCCCGGAGGGAAGCCCUUAGUUCAGCAUUGCAAGCAGUGUGCCCUCAUCACCAGUUCCAGUCACCUCCUGGGCAGCAAACUGGGCAAAACCAUCGACCAGUCGGAAUGCACCAUCCGCAUGAAUGACGCGCCCACCACGGGCUUCUCGGAGGACGUCGGGAACAAGACCACUUUCCGCGUCGUGGCUCACUCCAGCGCCUUCCGGGUCCUGAAGAGGCCGCAGGAAUUCAUCAGCAAGACCCCGGAGAACAUCUUGAUUUUCUGGGGUCCUCCGCUCAAGAUGCAGAAGAGCAUCAUCAAACUCAUCGAACGAGUCAGCCUCAGUUUUCCCAACAUGACGGCCUUCGCGGUUUCUCCCAAGCGCAUGCAACAGUUUGACGAAUUGUUCCGGAAAGAGACGGGCAAGGACAGGCAGACUUCACGGUCCUGGCUGAGCACCGGAUGGUUUACCAUGGUGAUUGCGGUGGAAUUGUGCGACAAACUCCAUGUUUACGGGAUGGUGCCUCCCAGCUACUGCACUAAGACCCCUCCCCACCGACUGCCCUACCACUAUUACGAGCCCAAAGGACCCGACGAAUGCACCACUUAUAUCCACAACGAGCGCAGCCACAAAGGGAAUCAUCACCGGUUCAUCACCGAGAAACGGGUUUUCGGCAGAUGGGCCAACCUCUACAACAUCACUUUCUCGCACCCCGAGUGGAAAUAGGGCAACGAGGAGACACACACACCCCCCACAAGUGCCAAAACCAGGAUCCUGCGGAGCCCCCCCCUACCCCCCCCAAAUGGUCCUGGACUGCUGAGUAUUAAGUUUCCCAUUGUGCCAUAGAGAAGCACCCUGGGGCAUUGUGGGAAAUUAGAAGUCCAGUGAGCUCACAGCUGGAUGGAAAGCCAACUCAGCCUCUUGCAAGGUUACU